AUGGCGGGCACCCUGGACGUAGGGAAGGGGGGCGUUCGCCGCCCAGUAUCUCCUAUGCAUAAAUCUGAAUUGGAAGUGAGAUGGGUGCAAGGAUUCAGCAACAGAAACAUUGGCUUUGUCAACAGCAGGACAGUCUGUUAUCCUUGUGGCAAUUACAUCAUUUUUAUUAACAUCGACACGCAGGAGAGGUCAUUCUUACGGUGUCGGCAUGGAAGUAUAGGAGCCUUUGCAGUGAAUGCAAACCAGAAUGUUGUUGCCUUUUCUGACCGGCAGCUGACUCCUGCAAUCUGUAUCUACAGUUUUCCAGGACUAAAGAAAGUGGCCAAAUUAAAAGGACAAGCCAGCCUGGACUAUUCCUUGCUUGCAUUCAGUUAUGCAAGUCCUUACCUGGCCAGUUAUUCUUCACUUCCAGAAUUUUCACUUUCAAUAUGGAACUGGCACGAGAAAGUGCUUUUAUGCAGUCAGUCACUGCCAGGGAUGGAAGUAUCUGCAAUGAGUUUUAAUCCCAUGAGCUGGCACCAGUUGUGUAUGUGUAAUGGGACCUCUGUUACUCUUUGGAAUAUUGAAAGGAAUAAUGAAGAGCACAUUUUGAAGUCAAAGCCAGUCAGGCUUCCUGCUGAAGAUGGAUCUUUAAUGAAUGAGGAAAACAGCUUCUUCUCCCAUCCUAAUGUCAGUGAUCCUUAUUUUGGCCCUUUGCUGCCCAAUUCAGCCAUUGCUGGCCUGGUAGGCGAUGAAGCAGAAACAUUUAAGCCUAAAGAUGAUAUUCAGCCUUGUGUUCACCCUACCGUCCACUGCUGGACACCAACCUCUGAUCUGUAUAUGGGCUGUGAAGAAGGAUAUUUUUUGAAAAUUGGUGCAGACACAUUCAAAGCCGUUAUUGUCAAUCAAAAACUUUCACCAGAUGCUAAAGCAAAAAAGCGAGCAACUUUUCGAUCGUUAUCACACAGUUCCAGGAAAGCAGAAGCAGAAGGAAGGAGGGAAGCUCUAAAUGUGGUCCUGCUUGCCAUGGCACUUCAUAAGGAUGGACUCUACGCAGGUGGAAAUGAUGGUUGUGUGCGUUGUUACAAAUUGAAAGGCACAACUUUUCAGACAGAAGACUGCCUGGAAAUGAACGAGCCCAUAACAAAUCUUGUAUUCUCCCCUGACUAUAUUUACUUAUUGGUAGAAACAGAAAAGGGUUCUGUCUGCAUUUUUAAUCCCAAUGAGUCUGAAGUAGUUACUCUUUUAUUGGAUGCAAGUAUAAGCCCGUUUGUAGGAGCUGAUUUUAUUGUUCCAGGAACCAAGCACUGUGUGUCUGUAGCUGAAUCAGGAGAGGUACAUGUUUGGCAAUUGGAUGAAGGUGCUUUUAUCAGUAAAUUAAAUCUCCACACCUUGGUCACUGCAAUGGCCUGCAGCCAGUCCUCUCACUCUCUUGCAGUGGGAACUAAAAAGGGUCAGAUCUGCUUCGUGGAUCUUACUGAUGUUGAAUCUCCUCGGAUGGUUCACCGGGUUCUGCUUUCUGAGGUUCCUGUACAAUUUUUGCACUAUGAACAAAGUGGUCAGUUUCUCAUAACAUCAACUACAGAUGGAAAUAUCUUUAUUCUAAAUGCUAUGCCUUCAGCAUUUUUUGCAGUCCUUGGAUGUGUAGCACUGAGCAAUGAGAUUAUUGACAUAACAUCACUCUAUGAUGUAGAGAAGGAUUCAUCUGAAGUAAUUGCACUGCUUUGUCCACCAGAGAUCAAAAGAGCAAGAGUGGAGAUAUUUACUCUUUCUUCAAAGAUUGUUUUGGAGAAUGAGGAAUGUAUCACAGAAAGAGGGAUAUUGAAAGACAGUGUCAUUCAUAAGCGUACAUAUGAAUUGGACUACCCCCUAACCUCUCUGGUCAUGAGGAAAGACAGCACAGUGUUUGGUUAUGCUAGCCAGGCUCCUUUCAUCUGCAAGUAUCUUCUUUCCACAAAGAUAUCCUGGAAAGAUCAGCCAGUUACUGUUUCAGAGAAAAAGAUAUCAAGCAAACAGUUUGGACGUGCUUUCCUUCGUUUGUCAUAUCAUGGCAAGUGGUUAGCUUCAGCUUCAGAGAGUGGGCUGCUCUUUAUCCAUGAUACUUCAAGUAUGGAUGUUAUGGCUCGAGAGUACUGCCAUUCAUAUAAUGGACGGGGAAUCAGAUCACUGGCAUUCUCAAUGGAUGGGCAACUUAUGCUUGUCAAUGGUGUGCAAGAUGGAGCACUUGUUUGUCUAAAAUGGAAAAAGCUUGGAGAGCGCAAAAUGAAGGAUGCUGUUGAUUAUGGCAUCUAUCUUCUUACCGUAUAUAACAACUAUAUUUUCCGUGAAAACUCAUUUCUAAGAUCCAUGCCAGAGUGGACGAUGUCUUCAAAACCCACAUAUGAGUUAUCCUUUGAAAGUACUUCUCAGUUGAGGUUCCAAAAGGGAUCUACCAUUGAAACAACGGAUCAAGAUGAAUACUAUCUUCUGACCCAAGCAAAAUCUGAUGAACCUUCAUGGUUAGAAGAGAAAGUAAAGAAGGCCAUCGAGAAUGAGACUAGCAAGUUUGCUGAAAAGAGAAAAGAAAUAAAAGAUGGAAUUAAAGCACUGCGUAAAAAGAUUCAGGAAAUGAUGCUUGAAAAUUCGAUGGUACCUAAAAUUGAGAAACUGGAUCAACAAGAAUUCAACCUGGACAUAGAAGAACAGGAGAAACAACAAUUACAUAGUGAAGAAGAAGUGGAAAGGGUAAGGAAGGAUAUAGAGAUGGAAAAUCUAGCCAAUUGCUAUUUACGUGAGCUCAUCAAACGGGAAUGUUGGGAUGCCAUGUCUGUCAAAGGGCGUUCAGUUAAGACAUUCCACUCCUCUUGUGAAGUUCAUAAUUUCCCCCUUAAAGAACGGAGUACAGAAGAGCGCCAGAUGUUGGAGAGAGUUCUUUAUCUAAAGAAGAUUGAGUCAGCAGAUCUGAAGCUUCGAAGGACAAUUGUUGAGUUUGAGUCUCAGUCUUCAGUUCUUAAAGAGGAAGGGGAGAAAGCCGAAGAAGAGGAAGAAAAAGUUGAUGCCCUAGUGGGGAGCCUGAGUUCACAGUAUGAUGGAGAUACAUCUGUUUUAUAUAACCAACUAGAACUACACACGCGGGAGGAGAAGAUCAAUCAAAUUAUUUUGCUACGGGACAUCAUUCACAGUGUCAAGAGUUCUUUCAAUAAGGAGUUUGACUCAGUCUGCCGAAUGAAAGAGAUGGAAAUUGCACGUGUGAAGGAGAGGAAUGUGAGGAUUUCAGAGAUCUUGCACCAGUUGGAUAUCCAGGAGGAGAUAUGGAUGCCCACUUUUACAGAUAAUGAGAAACCAGAUCGGGCACUGAUAGUUCAAGAUUCAGAGAUCAAAGUGGAAAAGUACUUGACACCAGUGCAGAAAGCAAAAGAAAAGAUUAUGGCGAGGAUUGAAUAUAAAAGACGGCUUGCUGCUCAGGGGGAUAAUGCAAGAGAGCGUGGCCUUAUGGACAUGAUGAAUGGAGUCCUUGAAAUAAAAAAAGAAGAUAUUUUGAAGAUGGAGAUUCCAGCACCCAGUUUUGCAGCAAAAGAAGAAGCACUCUGGAAUGAAGAUGAAAGGAAAAUAUAUAAAGAAUAUGAGAAAAAAGUUAAGGAACUGAAUGAAGAACGAGAGAAACAUCGAAAGAUUCUGGAAACUGAAUUAAGAAAACUUCAAGCCUCUAUCCAGGAAACUACACAGUCAUUUGAUGAAAUUGUGAAUAGGCUCUUUGAGAAAAAGGUCAAAUGUGAAAUGGUUGUGUACCAGGAAGAACUCAAAAUAACUAAUCUUCUUUACUCACUGCUUUUGGAUGAAGAACUUAGCACAAGAGAAGCUGGGCUCUAUCACUACCUUAAUAAAAAAAGAAAGCAAAAGGCAUUGUCUAAUGAAGCACUAAAGGCAUCCAGAGCAGAAGUGGAAGCUUACAGAGAAGCUUAUGACAUUUUAAUUGCUGAAGACAAACUAAUGGAGCGUGGCUUUAGAAAGGAAUUUUCAGAUUUUCCUACUCAUCACAUUGAUCAACUAUUCAAACUUUACAAACGUCGACCCAGGGCUCUCAAGACAAAGAUACAUGCUGAUGCCACUAACCCCUAUGGUGAUCGUCCAGGCUCCGCCAAAGCUCAGCAGGAUGCUCUGACCCAUUUAAUGAAAAGCAUUGACGAAAUGGAUGAGCCUGAAAACCGACCUGAGGGUCUUGACCUUGUCAGCUGGGAACGUUUCUGUGCAGCUAGACGAAUCAAAGUAGAAAGUGAGCAACAGAUAAAGCAAAAAGCACUGACACUAGCAGAGAUGCAGACCUUCCUUCAGAAGAGGACUGAAGAUGAUGAGCAGCUACGGAAAGACAUUGAGCAUGUUUUUACUGAGCUCAAUCUGCUUCGAGAGGAGAAGAUGAGAUUCCAGUUAGAUUUGAUGGUUCAGUUUCUCUUUAAGCAAGGGCAAGUGGAGCUAGAAGGUACCAACUUAAUACCAGAUUACACAGAUGCUAUUCUCAUCAACCGGAGUAUUAUUGAAGAACUGAACAGUGUCAUUCGGGCUCAAGGAGAAAGGAAAGUUGCUAGCAUGGUGGAAAGCAAAGACUUCCGUAAAGGAAUCUUUCAACUGGAAUGGGAACAUAAAAAAAUGCAGAUGCAGGUGGAGGAUCUGAAUCAAAAGGCUCGAGAUAUUCAAAAACUGAAUGUUACAAAAGAUCACCAAAUUUUCUUAUCAGUAAUAAAUUAUGAUAGCCGAAUCAAUCACGAGGUCUCAAUAAUGGAAGGAACACUGAAUUUUCUAGACAAGGUUCAUAAGAAAAAUAUGCAACAGCGGGAAAAAGUCAUCAAAGAGUUGGAAAAGCAGAUAAGUCUGAAAGACCUCGCAAACCAGAAGCUCAGUAAGGAAUUACAAGAAAUGCUUGUUGCUGUGUCAGAAAGACGACACAUACAUGACGCCACUGAUUCAGAGCUGCUUAAUCAAAAGAUGGCUAAAGAGCACUAUGAGGAUAUUUUGCAACGACAGCAGCUUGUGGAUCUUGCAAAAGCACAGGCCCAGGAGUUGACCAUUCUUCAAGCUGAAGUGGAGAGGCUGAGAAUGAGAACAUUCCCUGCUUUCUUCGAUGUACAGGAGUUUUAACAAUGUGAUGCUGUCAUAACUAGAAGAAAUACACAUUCUUGUGGAGUUAAAGAGUCUACAAGACAAUGGGGAUUUUCUUUCCCUUUUAAAUCAAAAUACUUUACUACACUAAGGUAGCUUGAUAGAUGUGGCUUUAUAACCCAUUCUGACCCCCAGAAAACUAUUAUUCACUACAUAUUUUACAAUGCAAUGAAUUUAGGAGUGUAAUACAUUGUGCUUG